AUCUUCAUUGCGGCAUGCGGAGUCUUUUGUUGCAGUGCACGGGCUUCUCUCUAGUUGUGGUGCAAGGGCUCCGGAGCGCAGGCUCAGUAGUUGUGGCAUGCAGGCUUAGUCACCCCGCUGCAUGUGGGAUCGUACUUCCCCAACCAGGGAGCGAACCUGCGACCCCUACAUUGGAAGGUGGAUUCUUAACUACUAGACCACCAGGGAAGUCCCUGGGCCUCAUGUUUAAUAACAAAUUAAGCUAUUUGUUAUUAUCACAUAGCUACCAUUUAUAUUGUGUGCUUAGUAGGUGCCAGGCACUUUUCUAAGCAUUUUCUAUGUGUUAACUAAUUCAGUGCUCACAAUGUCUCUAUCAUGCGUUAGCUUUACUAUUCCUAUCUAUCUUAUGGGUAAAGAAGGAGACAUAAGUGGUUACAGUGAAAGAUUUCAAAGUAUUUAAUCAAGGAGGGACAUUUACAAGACAGCAUCUUUAUUUCAAAGAGAAACAGCACCAAGAAAACUAGUUUUGUAUGUAGUUCUGUAUUUCUGACAUAAAUAGGUAUAGUCAGUCUGAGCAUUUUAUGAUUACAAAUCAUAGGCUGUAGAGGUAUCCAGAGAACAUGUGAAUUUAUCAAGUUUGACUAAUAGAUUGAGAAAAGUUGUAAAAUUCAGUGAGUUAUAUGUGUAACAUUAUUUUUUUCUGGAAACAUUUUUAAGUGGGCUGCUUAUUAAAGGCGAGGAGAGUGUUAGUGAAGAGCUUAGCUGACUAGAUUAGAAUAAAGAAAUUGUCUCUCCCCAUCUGUCCUAAUUAGCUUAUCUCUCCUGCUUUCACAGCAUGCUGGUUAUUUCAGAAAAGAGGUGAGAGGGACUUUGAAAGGACACCAUUGUUAUUUAGCUAAUUUAUAAUGAUUUUGGAGUGGUUGUCAGUUCUCAAACAUAAACUGUUAAAUGUUAGACCUUUCCUGUAACAAUUUGUUACUGGAAGUUUCAGGGCUUUGGGUGCUCAAUUAAGGAUUUUGGCCUCUCCUCCUUCUUUUGGUUUUGGCUCAGACGAUUAUGUUUCCUCAUUUUGGGAAGAUUUCUCUGGGUAUUUUAAUGCUUGUCUUCAUAGAAGGAAACCUUCCGUCAUUAACAGCACAAACCUACUUAUCUUUAGAAGAGAGCCAAGAACCCAAGAGUACAGUUUCUUUUCUCCUGACUGACUCAGAAUCCACAGACUCUUCUCUAUCUAUCGAAAAGAAAAAACCUCUGGACCACAUAGAAACUGAGAGACAGUGGUUGCUCAGAAGAAAGCGAUUUACUCUAUUUCCUAAUGGUGUGAAAACCUGCCCAGAUGAAAGUGUUACAGAGGCUAUGGAAAACCAUGUGAAAUAUUUUAAAGUCCGAGUUUGCCAGGAAGCUGUCUGGGAAGCCUUCAGGACUUUUUGGGAUCGACUUCCUGGGCGUGAGGAAUUUCAUUACUGGAUGAAUUUGUGUGAGGAUGGAAUCACAACUAUAUUUGAUAUGGGCACACAUUUUAGUCAGUCUGUGGAACAUAGAAGCUUAAUUAUGAAGAAACUGACAUACGCGAAGGAAAUUAUCAGCACCCCUGAGUUGUCAUCUCCAGUUCCUGUUGGUGAUACCUCAGCGUUGGGAGGUGCCAGUCUCAGUGUUCCAUAUCCAGGGGUGACCGCCUAUGAAGGUAUCUCAGAGAGCAGCUUGGAGAGGCCGGAAGAGAGUAUUAGCAAUGAAGUUGAGAAUGUGAUAGAAGAAUCCACAAAACCAGCAGCUGAGCAGGUUGCAGAAUUCAGUAUCCACCUUCUGGGGGAAGAGUACAGUGAAGCACUGCAGGAUCCCUCCAGCUUUCACCACCAGCGCCUUGUAGAAGAGUUUAUUUCAAACGUGGAAAAUGCAUUUACUGGGUUACCGGGCUAUAAGGACAUUCGUGUACUUGACUUUAGGUCCCCUAAGGAAAAUGGAAGUGGCAUAGAUGUUCACUACGCAGUUACCUUCAAUGGUGAGGCCAUCAGCAAUACCACCUGGGACCUAAUUAGCCUUCACUCCAACAAGGUGGAGAACCAUGGUCUUGUGGAAUUGGAUGAUAAGCCCACUGCUGUUUAUACAAUUAGUAACUUCAGAGAUUAUAUUGCUGAAACACUGCACCAGAAUUUUUUGCUGGGGAGCUCCUCUUUGAAUCCAGAUCCUGACUCCCUUCAGCUUAUCAAUGUGAGAGGAGUUUUACUUCCCCAAAGUAAAGACCAAGUUUGGAGCACCCAAAGUUCAAGUCUUCAGGAAACCCUACCAUCUAUUCUGGAUAAUACCCCUCAAGCUGAAUGGCCCUCAGCAGAUGAAUCCACCACAAGCAGUAUUCCACCACUUGAUUUCAGCUCUGGUCCUCCUUCAACCACUGGCAGGGAACUCUGGUCAGAAAGCCCUUUGGGUGAUUUAGUGUCUGCACCCAAAUUAGCCUUUCCCUCAAAGGUGAGCCUCCGUUCUUCCCCAGAGGUUUUAGAGGUUAGCAGCUUGACUCUUCAUUCUGUCACCCCAGCAGUGCUUCAGACUGGCUUGCCUGUGGCUUCUGAAGAAAGGACUUCUGGGUCUCACUCAUUAGAAGAUGGAUUAACUAAAGUUGAAGGGUCAGAAGAUUUUCUUUCUAUUGCUCCAUUGCCUUCGAGUCCAUUUACUCGUCCUGUGCCAAAAGAAACAGUACCGUCCCUGGAAGACUCUGGGGUGUCUUUGACAUCCUCACCAUAUCCAGUCUCCUCUGUCACAUUCGAUCCUCUUGCUAAAGAAGGAACUACACCUUUUGUCAUGGACUCUUUGGCCUCCAAAGUCAAAGCCCAAUUAAAAGUGACCACUAGGAUGCCAGACACAUCUAUGGAAGAAGAGUUCAUAUUUGGGAGUGGUUUAGGUUCAGGGUCUGGGCAAAAGUUAGGUCCGAUUACUGGGCCAUGGAGUGAGACUUCAUUAGAGAAGAGCACUGAACCGUUGUCCAAGUCAUGGCUUGAAGUUGAAGAUUCAGAGGAUUUACUUUUGCCUACUGAGGGGAUAGAUGAGAAACUAAUUAUAGAUGACAGAAUAGAUUCCAUAGAUCAAAGUAUUGAGCAUUCAGAACAUGGGCAUUUUGAUAGAUCCAUAGACUUUGCAGAAGUUGAGCCCCUUGGUGGACUAACUAUGUCCAUCUUUGCAGAGACCACAACUCAAUUUGCAUCUCCAAUUCUAUCCAGUAUACCUGACAUUGAUUAUUACUCAGUUACCAAAUCACCUCCUCUAUUCACAUCUGCAGCAGUCUCUGCUUCUACUGAUAAAACAGAUCAAGAAGAACCCUUUCUAAAGGAGGAUAUGGAACAAACUACAGAGUCAUCCAACCGUGAAUGGUUUGACAGCAAGAUUUCAGUAGUGAAGCCAGAUAUGCAACCUUUGUGGACCAUAUUGCCAGAAUCAGAUAUAGUUUGGGCAAGAACUUCUUCCCUAGGGAAAUUGUCCAGAGACACAUUGGCAAGUACACCACAGAGUACUGACAAGCUCUGGUUGAAAGCUUCCAUGACACAGUCUACCAAAUUGCCUUCAACCACAAGUUCCACCCUGCUGGAAGAUGAAGUCAUUAUGGGUGUACAGGAUAUUUCAUUAGAAUUGGACCAGAUAGGCACAGAUUACUAUCAGCCUGAGUUAAUCCCAGAGGAAAAUGGCAAGGUUGGUAGUUACGUAGAAAUGUCUACAGAUUUUCACUCCACAGAGGUGGCUGUUGUGGCUCAGCCCACAAAAAGCGAUGACUUGAGUCAUACCCAAGCCGCAGGAGCUUUGGUGGUUUUCUUCAGCCUCAGAGUGACAAACAUGAUGUUUUCAGAAGAUCUGUUUAAUAAAAACUCUUUGGAGUAUAAAGCCCUGGAGCAAAGAUUCUUAGAACUGCUGGUUCCCUAUCUCCAGUCAAACCUCACUGGGUUCCAAAAUUUAGAAAUCCUGAACUUCAGAAAUGGCAGUAUUGUGGUGAACAGCCGAAUGAAGUUUGCCAGGUCUGUCCCUUCUAAUGUCACCAAUGCUGUAUACGUGAUUCUGGAAGACUUUUGCACCACUGCCUACCAAACCAUGAACUUGGCUAUUGAUAAAUACUCCCUUGAUGUGGAAUCAGGUGAUCAAGCCAACCCUUGCAAGUUUCAAGCAUGCAAUGAAUUUUCUGAGUGUUUGGUUAACCCCUGGAGUGGAGAAGCAGAGUGCAGAUGCUACCCUGGGUACCUGAGUGUGGAAGAACUGCCCUGUCAGAGUCUCUGUGACCUACAGCCUGACUUCUGCUUGAAUGAUGGAAAGUGUGACAUCAUGCCCGGACAUGGGGCCAUUUGUAGGUGCCGGGUAGGUGAGAACUGGUGGUAUCGUGGUGAGCACUGCGAGGAGUUUGUGUCCGAGCCCUUGGUGAUAGGCAUCACCAUCGCCUCCAUGGUUGGACUUGUCCUCAUUUCUUCUGCUGUCGUCUUCUUCAUCAUCAGGGCUCUUCAAGCUAAAUAUGUUAGGAGAGGAAGAGAGAGACCCUUCAGCGAACAGCCUGACAGUCUCUCAUCUGUAGAAAGUGCUGUAAAGCACAACCCUGUGUUUGAAAGUCACGAGGCCGACCUCGAGCAGUAUGAGGGACCCUACCCUCAUCGGCCCUUCUACAGCUCUGCAGGCAGAGAGAUGAUUGCUGGUCUGAGCAGGGAAGAAAUCAGACAAAUGUAUGAGAACAGGGAGCUUUCCAGAGAGGAAAUUCAAGAAAGAAUGAGAAUUUUGGAACUGUAUGCCAGGGACCCUGAGUUUGCAGCUUUUGUGAGAGAACAUCAAAUGUAA